AUGUCGUCUAAUCUGGGAUCCAUACCCGAAAGCACGUUUCCAGCGUGGUCGCAUUCGGUGCAGGAGUGUUUAGAUCGGUACCAGGUGGAUGCAGAGAAGGGCCUAGAUCCCCAGGAUGUCGCGUGGCGACGAAGCCGAUUCGGGUUCAACGAGUUGGAAAAGGAACCCGGCACGCCGUUCUGGAAGCUGGUGGUAGAUCAGUUUAACGACACGCUCGUCAAGAUCCUUCUCGCCGCUGCUGCCGUCUCGUUCGUUCUCGCUUACGUGGACGAGCAGGAGGAUGGCGGGAUAACGGCAUAUGUGGAGCCGCUGGUCAUUCUGCUCAUCCUCGUGCUCAACGCCUGCGUGGGCGUGUGGCAGGAGAGCAACGCCGAGCGCGCGCUAGAGGCGCUUAAAGACAUGCAGUCCGAGACAGCCAAGGUGGUGAGGGCGGGGGAGCACAUGGACGACCUGCCAGCACGCGAGCUGGUGCCGGGCGAUAUAGUGGAGCUGCGGGUGGGGGACAAGGUGCCUGCAGACAUGCGCGUUAUACGCCUCCUCACUUCAACGCUGAGACUGGAGCAGGCGUCGCUGACAGGCGAGAGCAUGGCUGUGCAGAAGUCGGCGAAUGAGGUUCAGCAGGCGGAUUGCGAGCUGCAGGCCAAGGAGAGCAUGGUGUUCGCGGGCACCACAGUGGUCAACGGCUCCAGCCGCAACCUGGUCAUAGCCACGGGCAUGAACACAGAGAUCGGCAAGAUUCAGCAGCAGAUCGCAGCAGCAGCUGCGGAAGAGGACGACACACCCCUGAAGAAAAAGCUAGAUGAGUUCGGAGAGCGGCUGACCACAGUCAUCGGGGUGAUCUGCCUGCUCGUCUGGCUCAUCAACUACAAGUUUUUCCUCUCCUGGAAGGAGGAUCCGACCGCCUGGUGGACCGGGGGGCUGAGAUUCACCUUCUCUUUCCAGAAAUGCACUUACUAUUUUAAGAUUGCGGUGGCGCUGGCAGUGGCGGCGAUUCCGGAGGGGUUACCUGCUGUGAUUACGACGUGCCUGGCUCUGGGUACGAGGAAGAUGGCCCAGAAGAAUGCGAUCGUGAGGAAGCUUCCUUCUGUGGAGACGCUGGGUUGCACCACUGUGAUCUGCUCCGAUAAGACUGGCACUCUGACCACCAACCAGAUGGCAGUGUCAACCCUGGUCCUCCCAGGCACUCUCCCCUCCACCUUCCUCUCCUUCGCCGUCGACGGAACCUCCUACAACCCAGCCGACGGGGAAAUAAUCAACUGGGGGCGCUCAGUCACCUUUCCCAACAUGCAGUCUCUCACUCAAGCCGCUGUCCUGUGCAACGACGCGAGCAUAGCGCUCAAGGGAGGCGUGCACAGGGCGUCGGGGUUGCCCACAGAGGCGGCGCUGCGAGUGCUGGUGGAGAAGAUUGGUGUGCCGGAUGACACGAUGCAGCUGAGCAUUCGGAAUAAGCGGAAGGGCGCCCCUGCCUCGCACCUGCUAGACGCCAACGAGUGGUGGGGCAAGCAGUGGGAGAGGAAGGCGGUGUUGGAGUUUGAUCGGAGCCGCAAGUCCAUGAGCGUGAUUGUGAGGAGCAGCCAAGGGAAGACUCGCCUACUUGUGAAGGGAGCAGUGGAGUCAGUGUUGGAGCGCUGCACGUCCAUCCAACUCGCAGACGGCUCCAUAGUGCCGCUCACUUCCGAGGGCCGCAGAGCCACAGAGGCCGUCCUGACCGACAUGGCGUCCAAGGCGCUGAGGUGCCUGGCGUUCGCGUUCAAGGAGGGGCAGGCGAUGGGGGCGCUGCAGGGGUACAGCGGAGAGCAGCACGAGGGGCACAAGCUGCUGCUGGAUCCGGGGAAUUACGAACGGAUUGAGCAGGGACUGGUGUUCUGCGGGAUGGUGGGACUACGGGACCCCCCAAGGGAGGAGGUGCCAGCAGCAGUGGAGGAUUGUCGGGCGGCGGGCAUAAGGGUGAUGGUGAUAACGGGCGACAACAAGAACACAGCGGAGGCUAUCUGCCGUGAGAUCGGCGUGCUGGGCCCAUCGGACGAUCUCAGCCGUUGCAGCUUCACGGGCAAGGACUUCAUGGACCUGCCUGUUGCUACCAGGAUGGAGAUUCUCAAGGUGCCGGGAGGGAAGGUGUUCUCACGUGCGGAACCAAGGCACAAGCAGGAGAUAGUGCGCAUGCUCAAGGAGCAGGGCGAGGUGGUGGCCAUGACGGGGGAUGGCGUGAACGACGCCCCUGCUCUGAAGCUGGCUGAUAUUGGCAUCGCCAUGGGCAUUGCCGGCACUGAGGUAGCGAAGGAGGCAGCGGACAUGGUGUUGGCGGACGACAACUUCAGCACCAUCGUGGCUGCCGUGGCGGAGGGGCGAUCCAUCUACAACAACAUGAAGGCCUUCAUUCGGUACAUGAUAUCGAGCAACAUGGGCGAGGUGGCAUCUAUCUUCCUCACCGCCGCCCUCGGCCUGCCCGAGAACCUCAUUCCCGUGCAGCUGCUGUGGGUCAACCUCGUCACGGACGGACCGCCUGCCACAGCGCUGGGCUUCAACCCCCCCGAUGAGAAUGUGAUGAGGCAGCAGCCCCGGAGGAGCGAUGAUGCUCUGGUCACUGCCUGGGUGCUGCUGCGAUACGUGAUCAUAGGCAUGUAUGUGGGAAUCGCAACAGUGGGGGUGUUCGCCAUCUGGUACACGCACUCCUCCUUCCUCGGCAUCGACCUCUCCCAGGACGGCCACUCGCUCGUCUCCUUACACCAGCUGCGCCACUGGGACCAGUGCCGCUCCUGGCAAGACUUCUCCGCCUCGCCCUUCACCGCAGGCGCGCAGACCUUCUCUUUUAACCACGACCCGUGUGACUAUUUCGAGUCGGGGAAGGUGAAGGCGACGACGCUCUCGCUCUCGGUGCUGGUGGCGAUUGAAAUGUUUAACUCACUCAAUGCGCUCUCAGAGGAUGUGAGUCUGACGAGGAUGCCUCCGUGGGUGAAUCCCUGGCUGCUCGUGGCGAUGACCCUCUCCUUCUCGCUGCACUUUCUCAUCCUCUAUGUGCCGUUCCUCGCUAACGUGUUUGGGAUCGUGCCGCUGAGCUUCAACGAGUGGCUGCUCGUGCUCGUGACGUCGCUCCCGGUCAUCUUGAUAGACGAGGUGCUCAAGAAGAUUGGAAGGGAGAUGCACAAGGCACCGGCGCAAAGGAAAGUCAAGGCGGAAUAG